AUGACUUUUGGCAACCACUUUUUCCCAUACUUCAUCAUGCUACUUGCUUUAAGCUCGUGCCAUGUUACGGGCCUCAAUUAUGAUCCUGAUGGCUACUUACAAGAGGAAGUUGGCUAUGAUUUUCGGGCUUACCCUUCUCAUUUGGCCCAUCGUCUUAGAGGCGUCAAAUUUGACAAUGAUUCGGGAAAGAAGCAGUUUAGAAGAUUUCUUGCGGACUCAGGUGAAACAGUUAAUGUGCUCGAUUUUGGAGCUAAAGGUGAUGGAAGUACUGAUGAUACUAAGGCAUUUCAGCAAGCAUGGGCACGAACUUGUUCUUCUUCUAAAGACGUCUCGUUUGUGGCUCCAGAGAGCAGAACAUAUCUUCUUAAACCAAUUAGGUUUUCAGGGCCCUGCACAUCUGAUAUAACAAUGCAGAUUGCUGGAACCAUUAUGGCUUCAAACGAUCGUUCAGACUACAUAAAAGAUUCGAGCCAUUGGCUAACAUUCGACAGGGUCCAAAAUCUCGUGGUCACGGGUGGUGGAACAAUAAAUGGCAAUGGGAACAUCUGGUGGAAAAAUUCUUGCAAAACAAAUAAAGCCAAUAACCUAAAGAUCCAAAACGCGCAGCAAAUGCACGUGUCCUUCGACAAGUGCACGAAUGUCGUAGCUUCGAAACUCAUAGUGAAUUCUCCAGAAAACAGCCCAAAUACUGAUGGAAUUCAUGUCACCGACACUCAACACAUCCAAAUUUCCAGCUGCACCAUAGGCACAGGUGAUGACUGCAUCUCGAUUGUAGACGGAUCGAAGAAUGUCCAGGCCACGGAUAUAACUUGCGGGCCCGGCCAUGGCAUCAGUAUUGGAAGCUUAGGCUCUGGAAAUUCCAAAGAGUAUGUUUCAGAUGUUGUGAUCAAUGGUGCUAAGCUUUCUAGCACCACAAAUGGAGUUAGAAUCAAAACAUGGCAGGGAGGGUCUGGAAGUGCAAGCAACAUAAAGUUCCAGAAUAUAGAGAUGGAAAAUGUUGAGAACCCAAUAAUCAUAGACCAGAACUAUUGUGAUCAAGACAAGCCCUGCCAAGAACAGGGUUCAGCUGUACAAGUGAAGCAUGUGGUUUAUCAGGAUAUCAAGGGUACAAGUGCUACUGAGAUAGCUAUCGACUUGGACUGCAGCGAAAGCCAUCCGUGCCAAGAAAUAUACAUGAGCAACGUGAAUUUAGUCGCCAAAAAUGGCGAAAGUGCUAAAGCAUUUUGCAAAAACAUUGAAGUCGCAAACUCCGAAACACUUUCGCCCAAGUUCUUGAGCGGUUUGAUUUCGCCUCGUUGCCCUAACAUGUAA